AUGACACAAGAACAGGUCCCCGCAGCGCCAGCGGCUGCUGCGACACACAAUCCUUCUCAUGAGGAGCACCAGUACCUGAACCUGAUCCGUGAUAUUCUUUCACAAGGCGAACACCGCCCGGACCGCACUGGAACCGGUACUCGGUCUCUUUUCGCUCCUCCACAACUUCGAUUCUCCCUCUCCAAACCCGACCCCGAAGGCGGCGCCCCGAUACCCGUUCUCCCUCUUUUGACUACUAAGAGAGUUUUCUUACGCGCCGUGCUCGCCGAGCUCCUCUGGUUCAUUGCCGGAACCACUACUUCAAAGCCCCUCUCCGAGGCGGGGAUCAAGAUCUGGGAUGGCAACGGCAGCCGCGAAUUCCUCGACAAAGUGGGCCUGGGCCAUCGCGAGGAAGGCGAUCUGGGCCCCGUCUACGGAUUCCAAUGGCGACAUUUUGGCGCCGAAUACGUCGACGCCAAGACGGACUAUACGGGCCAGGGGGUGGAUCAGCUGAAGGAGGUCGUGAACAAGAUCAUGAACUCUCCCUUUGACCGCCGUAUUAUCAUGAGCGCAUGGAACCCCGCAGAUUUGACCAAGAUGGCUCUGCCCCCGUGCCACAUGUUCGCCCAGUUCUACGUGUCAUUCCCGCCGGGGAUGAAGCUCGAUGAGAAGACGGGUCGGCCGACGGAGAAGGGUUCCCUGUCGUGUCUGCUCUACCAGCGCUCUUGCGAUAUGGGUCUGGGUGUGCCUUUCAACAUUGCUUCUUAUGCUCUGCUUACCCAUAUCCUGGCACACGCCGCUGAUCUGAACCCCGGUACCCUCAUUCAUACCAUGGGAGAUGCUCAUGUCUACCUCGACCACAUUGACGCACUGAAGGAGCAACUCAGUCGUGAACCUACCGAGUUCCCGACGCUGAAGAUCAAGCGGGACGACCGUGGGAGCGCUGUGAUUGAUGGCUGGAAAGAGGACGAGUUCGAGGUCAUUGGAUACAAGCCUCACAAGACGAUCAAGAUGAAUAUGAGUGUUUAA